AUAUCAUACUAGAACGGUUUUCCUCUAUUCGGGAGAUUUUCUAGAACAGGGACGCUAAUAAGCUGUAAAUUAAAAGGAUAAUGACCCUUGUUUUUAACUACAUCUUGUUUGUUUUGGUGCCGAUGAUCUUAAAUCAGUUAUACAUAGAUGCCUAUACAUAUGGUCUGCAGUGUGUUGAAUGCGAUGAUGACCGAAAGGAGCGAUUCUGUCGUGAAAGUACUGAUGAUAACGGUCAGACUUCAUUCACUGCAUUUACAUUCACUGUAGAUUAUAAUACUAUAAAAUGGAAAAAAGGAGAUAUAGUGAAAUACACCCGUAAACUCACUGAUAUUGGCAACUGUUACAAUCCAAAUACGGGUAUUUUUACUGUUAAAACGGAUGGUGUUUACUCGGUAUCAGCUGCUAUGAUAGGAGGCACGAAACAAUCCACUCAUUAUUCUCUCAGGAAGAAUGGACAGCAGAUGGUGUGGUUUUUCACUGGUCCAGCAUACGAUAUGUCAGCCCAAACUAUCAACCUUAUACUGAAGAAAGGAGACAGGCUUUGGAUACAACUAGAAUGGUUACCCGUUCUUAUUAUUCAUACACAACCUCCUUAUCAUCAAUUCAGUGCAAUUCUGAUAAAGGCAGGAACAUUUUGAAGAAAACUAAUACAAGCACUGCUAAUAUUUUUGGUAGUUACAACUUGAUUAUGGUCAGACUUCUUUUGUUUGAACAAGUUAUGCACUUAAAAGCUGAUUAAAUUCAGUUUUUGUGUCUUACAAUACUUGAAUCUACCUUUUCAUACCACAUGUUAC